AUGAAUGUCCCAGGCAUGAUCUGCUUUACUCUGGUAGUGAGCCUUCUUUUGGCUCAGACUGAAGGACGGGCUUUCAAUAAUGUUCAAGCACGUGAGAAACGACAAACAAACGGUUGUGACGGAGGAAUAAGGUAUGACAACUUCGGGCCAGUUUCCACCAACAUUGGCGGUCAGUACAGCAACAACGAGAACUGCUGCUGGGAAUUCGAACCUAAUGUACAAGGAAGCACGUGGACAAUCACAUUCAACUUUGCUACGUUUGACCUAGAAAGUAGUUCCACUUGUAGCUAUGAUGCCCUUACCUUCAACACGGAAGAUGGGCCUGAGAAGGAGUGUGGACAGAAGACCAACUUCUCAAGGACAUUCACUGUCACAGAAAGUCAGUUCCAAAUGUGUUUCACCAGCGACGGCUCCGUCACCGGCGAAGGGUUCAGUGGAUCCUACAGCAUUGACACAGUGCCGGAGAAUCCUGAAGAGUACAUACCAACAUGUGACAACACUUUCAGUGGAACACCUGAUGGCAACGUAACCUACUAUGGUAACCAUGGCAACAUCAGUAUCAACUCUGUCAGCAACUACGACAACAACCAGGACGUCUGUUAUUCACUUCAUCCAAGCUUCUCAGGGUCGGGCAUCAUCACCUUUGUCUUCAACGUGUUUGACAUUGAAGAGGCCACCGAAUGUAUAUUUGACUAUAUCGAGUUUGAUGACGGCAACACCAAACUGAGGGAGUGUGGCUCUGUUGAUGCAGGAACCCAGAGAGAGUUUGAAGUCCACGACGGUCGUUUCAACGUUUGCUUCCACUCCGACGGAUCAGUGACAGGAAGGGGUUUCCAGACAACAUAUGCCAUGAAUCCAGUUCAAGAGUUUGAAUCCGUGGAGACAACGCCAUACCCAGUGGACCCUAUCUUCAACUCAACGAUGUCACUCAAUUUCACAGACGUCACAUCACUUCCAGUGUUUGGGACAACGCCAUAUCCAGUGGAUGUUAUCAUUAACUCAACGACGUCACCCAAUGUCACAGAAGCCACAACGCUUCCAGACUGCAACCUCGAUAUUGAUAACCUUGAGGGCACCUAUACCCUGGCCACCGAUUCCGAGGGACAAUACGAAAACAACCAACACUGUGACAUCACUAUCCGCUCUCCUCCCACCCCUCACAUCACCACUGUCAACUUUACCCGUUUUGACCUCGAGGACGAUACGGGCUGCGACUAUGACAGUUUAACUAUAACAAGUGACGAGGGCACCGAGAAACUGUGUGCAGCAAAAGAGUCCUUUAUCAGACAAUACACCGGGCAAUCAGUUGACAUGACAUUUACCAGUGACGGAAGUGUUGUGCGCAGCGGUUUCUCCUUUGAUUAUGUCACUGAAAUUGUCUACUGCAAUGCAACUAUAAACGCCCAAUCCGGAACCUUUGAGUCACUACCCGGUGGCUACGAGAACAACAUGUACUGCACCUACACCAUCAACACCCCUGGUCCUGGAGAACUUGCCUUCAGCUUCCCACUGUUUGACGUUGAGUCAAGCAGCAGCUGUCGAUACGACGCCGUGGAGAUGGAAGGAGACAAGCUAUGUGGAACAUUCGUGGAGGACAAGAUGUACAGUACUGAUGGACAUUUCCAGUUCGUCUUCACAAGUGACGGUUCCGUAACUGAUGCUGGAUUCCGUAUAAACUUCAACUUCACACAGACCGAUGUAACCACAUCCCCACUUCCAACACUACCAGUAACAACCAUUCCCCCUACCACUGAGCCUAUCACGACAUCACCCACUGAGCCUGAAACCUGCAACCAAGUCCUGACAUCAGAUAAUGGCGCCCUGACAAGCCCCGGCAACGGCAGCUACGCCAACAACGAGCACUGUGUCACUGUUAUCACAGGCCCCAAUACACCAUACACCUUGGUCGUCAGCUUCACAACGUUUGACCUCGAGUCCUCAUCUAACUGUAGAUACGACUAUCUGGAGGUGGAUACGGGCCUGAGCAGCAGCCAGAAGGGAUGUGGAUCAAGCUGGAGCGACAGAACAGUGGAGUACACAUCGGAUGGCGGUAACGUUACACUGACGUUCUCUUCUGACUCCAGCCAGACAGGAGCAGGAUACGCUGCAACUUACACCAUUCAACCAAGAGGUGUCCCUUCCAUGAAUAAUGGCGAAUGUACAUACAUCAACACCAACAUCUCAGAGGGCGUUAUCCAAAGUCUCCCGGGUACCGGCAGUGACUACCAAAACAACAUGGACUGCUCUUAUGUGUUCACUCGCAACACCCUCUUCUACCUGAACAUCAACUUCACCGCCCUCGACACAGAGUCUUCAAGCAACUGCCGCUACGACUACGUCCAGGUUGGGGAUGACAAAUACUGUGGAAGUGAUUUGCCCAACGCAACCAGAGUGUCAGUGCAAGGUGGAUCAGCCAUAAUCCGCUUCAGAAGUGACAGCAGUAAUACAGGAAAGGGUUUUGUGGCUUUGUUCAGUAUUGAAGAGCACUGCAACUUCGACAGUGAUGAUCUUGAGGGCACCUAUACCCUGGCCACUGAUUCCGAGGGACAAUACGAAAACAACCAACACUGUGACAUCACUAUCCGCUCUCCCCCCACCCCUCACAUCACCACUGUCAACUUUACCCGUUUUGACAUCGAGGACGAUACGGGCUGCGACUAUGACAGUUUGACAGUGUCAAGUGACGACACCAGCGAGAAACUGUGUGGAGCUAAAGAGUCCUUUAUCAGACAAUGUAGGUAG